AAAUUAUAGAAUUGGUAUAAAUUUUAGCUACACUUGUUGUUUUUAAUAUGUCAAUAUGGGUAUUUAUCAAUUUUUGUACUUUAGAUGACGUAAAAAAGUAAUCAUGGUAUUUGGAUCAAGAAGUGAUACUGGCUACACAAGGGUUCCAUUGUUGUCUGGAAAUGACGAUGACAGUGAAGAAGAACUAUACGAACGUUCAAAUUCCCCCAAGAAAAAACCUGAUACAAUUUCAAAGGUGAAACAUGAACUGGAAGGUGCAAUGAAUGUUAUGAGAACAAAUUUAGGCAAAGUUUUAGAUCGUGGAGAAAGGCUUGAGGAUCUAGAAGCGAAAUCAGAAAGUUUUGAAAUGAAUGCCUUCCAGUUUAAAAACUCAUCAACAAAGCUCCAAAAUCGACUGUGGUGGCAGAACUGCAAGAUGAAAGCGAUAUUUGGUUCAGUUGUGGCAGCAGUCUUACUUGUUGUGAUCAUUUCCAUUGUUGUCAAAAGCAAGAAAUAAAUGAAAAUUUAAGUGCUCAAAUUCGAAAUGGGUAUGAAGAGUUAUGUGGAAAAAACACUUUGGAAGAAAUUUUGGGAAAAGUCACUCAAAUCGAUCGUAGUUGGAUAUCUAUACAUCUGCUGAAAGUCCACUUGCAAGAAACUAGAAUAAUAAUCUUGAUUUUGGUUUCCACUUCUGUGUAUUUUUCUGUUCUAUAUUGCUCAUAUACAUCUGUAUGUAUAUGCUGGUGAAUUAUGCUGGGUUUACUUUUUAAAUUAUGUAUUUAUUAGAAGAAUGAAUAUAGAAUCUUAUUUUUAUAAAAUAUUUUUUGUGUGAAAAUGAUAUUAGACAGUUAUUUAACUACAAGUUUAGUCCUUAAUUUCGUGUAUUAUAAAAAUCCAUUAGUAUUUUUAGGAUAUAUUAAGUAGCAUAUCUUUUUGACAUGUUUACAAAGGCAUUUUUGUAUGUACCAGAAGACAAAAAAUUUUUGUUUAUCAAAUUUUAAAGACGGAUUAAUAAAACAUAAGAAAUGGAUGACCUGUUUAAAUUCACUCACAUUAUUGUUUAUUAAGCAAACGUAGAAUAUUCAUUAACUGUGAUCUGUAAGUACGCUAUACUUAAUAUCGACAUUUUUAUUAUGAUAUAAUUUCCCAACUGUUAUAUGUGUGACGAGUAUUUAACAGUUACGUGCUAUUGGAGUGUUCAUUACAGGUACCAGACAUUUUAUUUGACAUUUAAGGUGGAGUUCUUAUGUGUUUAUUAUGUAAACAAACAGAAAAUGUUUUUGAUAUGCAUUUGAUAAUAUUUAAAUAUAAGAACUCUUGUAAAGCUUUUGUGUUCGACCUUAUGUGUAAGAGAAACUGUUUAUGUAACGAAUGAUAUGUUAGACAUCAGUGA